UAACACCACACGACUGCCACCAAAGCAGCAGCAGCAGCAGGAUGGCUUUGUGUGCAGUGAUGCUGCAAAUUCUCAAAAGCAGAAGUGGCUGUGGAGCCUGGGGCAGGUUGCUGCAGAGACAGAGUAGCAGUGGUGUUUAUUCCAGCGUUCAUGCCUUUGACGAGGCAGAGAUCAGAGAGAAGCUCCAGGCUUUUCCUGGUGGCUCCAUCGAUCUGUUCAAACAGGACUCUGGCAUAGCUGUGCUGACUGUCAACAACCCAUCUCGCAUGAACGCCCUCUCAGGCGGUAUGAUGGUGGAUCUGGAGGAACGGGUGAGCGAGCUGGAGAACUGGACAGAUGGCAAAGGCCUCAUUCUCUGUGGUGCUGCUGAGACUUUCUGCUCUGGGUCAGACCUCAAUGCUGUAAGGGCGAUAUCAAACCCACAGGAUGGGAUGAAGAUGAGUAUGUUCAUGCAGAACACUCUUACGAGACUACUCAGGCUGCCUCUGAUCUCUGUUGCUUUGGUGGAGGGGAGGGCUCUCGGAGGAGGUGCAGAACUCACCACUGCCUGUGAUUUCAGGUUAAUGGCAUCCGACAGUGUGUGCGAGGAUCGCAGAGGCAUUGCUGACUUCGUUGCUGACAUCAUUGGCGAUGAGGAGUUUGCAGCGUAUGUUACCGUGGAGAUGAGCCUGAGGAAAACAGGCUAA